GUUAAAUCAGCACAACAGAAUAUCUUUCUGAGUAAUUUCAAAAGUGUACUCAUAUGUAAGUAGUGAAUAAUGUUUAAGCUAAUUCAUAUUACCUCAGUUUUGUGUCUUUUCAUCUUGUUCACAACUGAAGUAACAACUAAAAAAAGAAAUAAAGUAAAAACCACAACGGUAGUUCCUGAAUGUCCAUAUAAAUGCAAUAAUACUUACGUUCCAGUCUGUUCAACAGCCAAUGUGACAUAUAACAACAUUUGUCUAUUUAAAUGCGAUAGAUAUAUCAGUGGCAUGUUGAUGGAUGUAUGGAAAUUCAGUGCUUGUGAAGAUGUCUCCGAUUCGACAAACUAUGGGGAAUGGAAAAAAAAGCAUGCGAAGGAUGCAUUGAAACACCGUCCUGCGGAAUAUACAGUAGCUCCUAAAUGUCCAAUUAAAUGCAAUAAUACUUACGCUCCAGUCUGUGCAACAACCAACGUGACAUAUGGCAACAUAUGUCUAUUUUCCUGCGCUGUAUUUACGGGUAAAUUUGGAAUGACUAUAUCGAAAUACAAAGCUUGCGAAAAUACCUCCAAUUCGACAAACCCUGACGCACUGAUGUAUUUGGGUGCGAUGAUCUGUGUGACGAAUCGUUGUUUUGAUAAUUUUACGGAAAAUUUUAUAGACAAAGUUGGGCAUUAUCUAGAAAACGCCGAAAAUGCUUUUUCUUUAGAAAGUAUUCGGCAUUUUUUUGAACUCUCCAAAAAGAAAAACUCUGACGCACUUGAAAAUGAGUUUGGUAAGGAUGUAUUGAAAAUCCGUCCUUCCUCCAAUUGGACAUUCUCUGACACACUGCUAACUGUGGUUCGGGUUAUGUGUAUGAUACUUCCUUGCGAACUUUUGAAUAUGACCAUAACAGCGAUGGACGACACAUCGUCUUUUGAAGAACCUGAUGAUGGGGAUUACGUUUUUCUGGAGGACGACAUCUCGGCUUUAGGAAACACUGAUGAUGAGGUUUACAUUCUUGAUGAUAGUGAAGAUAUUUAAGAUUUUUCUCGUGAUACAUCCCCCUCCCGGCCGAAACCAGGUUUUUUGAGUAGUAUGGACAUCUAUAUUAAUAACCUAUGGUUCCUGCAGCUGAUUUUGAUGAUAUACAUACUUAUAAACAAAUGAAAAUCAGAAAACGGUAAAUUUUCGCUUUUUUCGUCUAUUACUAAAAAAUGAAAACUUCUAAACCAAUUUGAGUAUAAGAAACUCAUAAAUCAUAUAAAAACUUUCAAUAUGGCGUUCGCUGAAUAUGUCUAUCCUUAUUUGGUGCUUAGAAAAUUGCAAAGUAAGUCAUAAAUACUGAGAUUUUAUAAAUGUUUAUAACCUAUGCAAAAAAUUAAGUUAUAGCCUUCUUAUUAAACGGAAUGCUGAGACUUCUUAUGCUUCAAUUAUAUUUUAGGUUUCAAAGCAAUUGGUCAAAUAGUUUAAAAGUUAUUUAAUUUGUUUUUCGCAAAUUCAUUUUUUUGCAACACUAUAAGUCAGAAAAUUAUGAGGUUACAGUAAAACUUCGGAGAGUUUAUGAAAGAAGGUCAUUUAUACUAUUAACUUAAUUAAAUAAAAAUGACAAACAGCAAUUUCAAACAGUGUAAAAUUAUUUUGCAAAAAAUGUCGAUUUUUUGCUUACUUAUAAGCAAUUAUAAUAACUUUUUAACCGUUACUCGUAGAAAAAUGAUUUUUUUAUAUUUAAAAAUACUGAAUUUUUAUACACAUUUAAAAAGAAAAAUAAUUGUCCUAGGAUAAUUAGGGACGAAGUUAGCCUUCGCUUUUUCCACUUGUUAGCCCUCUUCCCUUUUAUCCACAUGUUCUUGCAAAAUAAUUUUGCAAUAUUUACAAUUAUUUGUUGUCAUUUUUUUAAAUUAAAUUAAUAAUAUAAAUCUUCUUCUUUCAUGAACUAUCCAAAGUAUUACUGUAACUUCAUCAUUUUCUGACAAAAAAAAUUAAUUAAAUGUUGCAAAAUAAAUUAAUUUGGGAAAAACAAAUUAACUAACUUUUAAACUAUUUGACCAAUUGCUUUGAAAGUUAGGGUAAUAUUUAAGCUAUUUAAGCACCAAAAGUCUCAGAAUUUCGUAUAAUAACAAUGUUCUAAGUUAAUUUUUACAUAAGUUAUGAAUAUUUAUAAAAACUCAAAAUUUAUGAUUUAUUUUGCAAUUUUCUACGCAACUAAUAAGGACAGACAUAUUUCGCGAACGCCAUAUUGAAGUUUUUUAUACGAUUUAUGAGAUUCUUACUCUCAAAUUUGUUUAAAGUGCUUAACCGAAAAUUUACCGUUUUUUGAUCUUCAUUUGUUUAUAACUAUGUAUAUCAUCAAAAUCGGCUGCAGGAAACAUAUAAGUUAUUAUUAUAGAUGCCUAUACUACUCAAAAAAUUGGUUUCGGCCUGGAGGGGGUUGUGUCACCAACAGGAUAUUUUUUUCCUCAUUUCUCUGAACUAGUAGCUUGAUUGAUGUAGCUGAUACAUUUGACGCACUGUCCGUCAACGUGUUAAUAAUACUACAAUCUCCCACUAAGUUGGAUCCAUAGGGAAAGCUUUUUUAUUAAUAAUUUUAGGAAAAAUCUUUUUCUCCAGAAAAAGUUCUGCAUGUUCUAAAAUCUAAAAUACAAUCAUAUAGUCUAAGAGCUAGGAGCGGAUUUUGUGCGUGAUAAGUAAUAUGGAAAACCUAUACGGGGAUAUGUUGAAUUAGUUGUGUACAUGACUUUCACCAACGUCGGGAAACCAGAGUUGGGGCCGAGGGUAGUUAUAAGGGGUCAAAGUCGCGGAUUUUAUUAUUUUUUUUAUGACGCUCAUGAUCGAGAUAGUGCACCAAAAUUUGGAAAUAAGUAGGUCAUGACGUACCUAAGUAAAAUCUCUAGGGGCUCAAAGCUGCGUGGCCGACAAAGGGGUGGGGGUAGGGGUGAAUAUAAAAAAUAUAAGGGGUUUUUUGCGACGUUCGUGAUUGAGAUAGUGCACCAAAAUUUGGGUAUAAGUAGACCAUGACAUAAAUAAUUAAAAUCCCCAGAGCCGGAAACCAGAGUGGGGAAGGAAGGUAGUUAUAAGAGGUCAAAGUUCCGUUUUUUAUUAUUUUUUUGUGACGCUCAUGAUCUAGAUAGCGCGCCAAAAUUUGGGAAUAAGUAGGUCAUGACGUAACUAAGUAAAAUCUCCAGGAGUGGAAAGCUGCGUGGCCGACAUAGGGGUGGGGCAGGGGUGAAUAUAAAAAAAUUUAAGGGAUUUUUUGCGACGUUCGUGAUAGAGAUAGUGCACCAAAAUUUGGGAAUGAGUAGACCAUGACAUAACUGAGUAAUAUCCUCAGAGGUGGAAACCAGAAUGGCGGACGAGGGUAGUUAUAAGGGGUAAAAUUCGCGGUUUUUAUUAUUUUUUUUGUGGCACUCAUGAUGGAGAUAGUUCACCAAAAUUGGGGAGUAAGUAGGUUAUGACGUAACUAAGUAAAAUCUUCAGGUGCGGAACGAUGCUUGGGGUACAAAGGGGUGGUAGGCAGGGGUGAAUAUAAAAAUAUAUGGGGGUUUUUUUGCCGUUCGUGAUUGAGAGAGUGCACCAAAAUUUAGGAAUAAGUAGAUCAUGACAUUACUAAUUAAAAUAUCCAGGGGCGGAACGCUGCGGUGGGGGGACAAAUGUUGUGCCGGGUCACAAAAAAUAAUACACACUGCGACUUUGACCCCUUAAAACUACCCUCAUCCCCAACUCUGGUUUCCGGCUCUGGGGAUUUAACUUAACUAAGUCAUGGUAUACUUAUUCCCAAAUUUUGCUGCACUAUCUCAAUCUAACACGUCGCAAAAAAGCCCUUAUAUUUUUUAUAUUCACACCUACCCCCACCCCUUUAUCGGCCACGCAGCAUUCUAACCCUGGAGAUUGUACUUAGUUACCUCAUGACCUACUUAUUCCCAAAUUUUGGUGCACUAUCUAGAUCAAUAGCGUCACAAAAAAAAAAUAAUAAAAACGGCGAUGUUGACCCCUUAUAACUACCCUCAUGUUCAACUCUGGUUUCCGGCUCUGAGGAUUUUACUUAGUUAUGUCAUGGUCUACUUAUUCCCAAAUUUUGGUGCACUCUCUAAAUCACGAACGUCACAAAAAACCCCUUAUAUUUUUUGUAUUCACCCCUGCCCCACCCCUUUGUCGGCAACGCAGCGUGCCACCCCUGGAGAUUUUACUUAGUAAAGUCAUGACCUACUUAUUCCCCAAAAUUUUGGUGCACUCUCUCGAUCAUGAACGUCACAAAAAAAAUAAUAAAAACGGCGACUUUGACCCCUUAUAACUACCCUCAUCCCCAACUCUGGUUUCCGGCUCUGGGGAUUUUACUUAGUAAUGUCAUGAUCUACUUUUUCCCAAAUUUUGGUCCACUAUCUCAAUCACGAACGGCGCAAAAAACCCUUUAUAUUUUUUAUAUUCACCCCUACCCCCACCCCUUUGGCGGCCACGCAACGUUCCGCCCCUAGAGAUUUUACUUACUUGCGUCAUGACCUACUUAUUCCCAAAUUUUGGUACACUAUCUCGACCAUGAGUGUCAUAAAAAAAAUAAUAAAAUCCGCUAAUUUGACCCCUUAUAACUACCCUUGGCCCCAACUCUGGUUUCCGGCCGUUGGUGAAAGUCAUGUACACAACUAAUUCAACGUAUCCCCGUAUAGUUUUUCCAUAUUACUUAUCACGCACAAAAUCCGCUUCUAUCUCUCCGACUAAUAAGAUAUUAAAUUUUAUCAAUAGUAUACGAGGUAUAUCACAGAAUAUGAAUUUCACCCAAGAAUAAAGUGCCUUUAUAUUUCACAAUAUCGAAAAUAGUUUUUAAUUAAAGUUUAUUUUGAAUGAAAAAUUAUGUUACAAUAUGCAAAUUAUGUUACAACAUGCCUUUAAUUGAGAAAAAAAAUCAAAUUUUGUCUCAAAUUACGGAUACCCAACAUAAUUUCUAUUUAUGAUAACUCCGUUAUUAAUAAUUUUGAGAAAAAUAGUUGUUCUUUAUAAAAAGUUCUGCAUUAUCUAGAAACUAAGAUGCAAUCACAAGAUAUCAAAUUUUAUCAAUUUUAUAUGAGGUAUGUCAAAAGUUAUGAAUUAGAUUCAAGAGUAAAGUACCUUUAUACUUCACAAUAUUUCAAUUAGAAAGAUGUAGUUGCAUAUUGAAACACAGUUUUUAAUUAUAAACAAGUUCUUAUAAUAACAAUUUUCGAUAUUUUUAAAAAUAAAGGAACUUUGCUCUUGAGCGAAAUUCAUAUUUUUGACCUCGUAUACACAUGAUAGAAUAUGAUAUUUUAUGAUUCCACCUUAGUUUUGAGACCGUGCAUAACUUUUUAUAAAUAAUAACUAUUUUUCGUAAAAUUACUAAUAACAGAGUUAUCAAAAAUAAAAUUUAUGUUAGUGUAUCCGUAAUUUUAGAAAAUUUUUAAAUUUUAGAAGAAUAUAAUUGCAUCAUAUAAUUAAUUUUUUAAUUGCCUGUAACUUUUCUUAGUAACAAUUUUCGAUAUCGUGAAAAGUAAAUGUAGCGGAAUUCAUAUUUUUGAACAUAAUAAAAUAUGUACAUCGUAUACUAUUGAUAAAAUUUAAUAUCUGAUGAUUGUAUAUUAGAGUUUAGAACAUGUAGAACUUUUUAUGAAGAAUAAUUAUUUUUCUUGAGAUGAAUAAUAAAAAAGUUUUCUACAAUAAUAAAUAUGGUUCCAACUUAGAGGGACAUAAUAUAUUUUUAUGUUAAAAUUUAAAUAUUUCCAUGUUGUUAGUUUGUUAAUUAACUUAUUUUAAUUAAGUGAUCCACGCGUGGGUAGAGCAUGCAUCGUUCUAUUAUAUCCUCUCAUAAAAUUACAAUAAUUUUUAUGACUUAAUAAGAUUUCCGAGUGACACGGGACGGAUGCAUUGAAAAACCACUCUUGCGAAGAUACCUCCGACGAUGACUAUUUUGAUUUAUUUUAAUAAUAUUACAAGGUAUUCAAUAAAAUAAAAAUUUAUGUUUU